AUGAUCCUGCCCGCGGAGGGGAUGAGCGCCGCGCACCCGCGGAGGAGCCCCCCCCGCGCCGCCUGGGCGGGCCAGGGGAAGGCGACGCCCGCCAUGAGCUCGUCGGCGCUGCUGGCUGAGGGCCCCCUCGACCCGCCGGUGCUGCUGGCCGACAUCAAGACGGAGCCGCCCGAGGAGCUGCUGGCCAGCGACUGCGGCCAGCCCCAGGCCGAGCCCGUUGAUCUCUCCCUCAACAAGUCCAAGGUGGCGGCGGCGGUGGCCUCAGCCCCUCCACCACCCCCCCCACCUCGGUCCAGUCCCGCCACCGUCUCCAUCUCGCCCUCCGGCCUCAGCUCCACCUCGGCCAUCCCGGCCGUCCUCUCGCCCGGCUCCAUCCUGGCCUCCACGCAGGGCAGCGGCGGGCAGCAGAUCCUCCACGUCAUCCACACCAUCCCCUCCGUCAACCUGCCCAGCAAGAUGGGCAACCUCCAGACCAUCCCCGUGGUGGUCCAGUCCCUCCCCGUCGUCUACACCACCAUGCCCACCGAUGGUGUCACCGCCAUCACCGUACCCCUCAUCGGGGGGGACGGCAAGAACGCCGGGUCCGUGAAAAUUGACCCGGGCUCCAUGUACCCCAUUGACAUGAACAGCGACAGCGAGGACAGCGCCUCUGAGAGCGGCCCAGCCCCUUUCCAGGACCUCCAGAGAGAGCCGGCGGCACGGGGGCAGCGAGCCGAUUCCCCCGACCUGAAGAAGCGGCGCAUCCACCAGUGCGACUUCGAGGGCUGCAAUAAGGUCUACACUAAAAGCUCCCACCUCAAAGCUCACCGGCGGAUACACACAGGCGAGAAGCCCUACAAAUGCACCUGGGAAGGCUGCACCUGGAAGUUCGCCCGCUCCGACGAGCUGACCCGGCACUUCCGCAAGCACACGGGCAUCAAGCCCUUCCGCUGCUCGGACUGCGACCGCAGCUUCUCCCGCUCCGACCACCUGGCCCUUCACCGCCGGCGGCACAUCAUGAUGUGAGGAGCCGAAGUCCCUGGGGCACCUCCUGGCUGGGAUGAGGGGGGGACGGCGGUGGAAAACGGGGACGCAUCCCCACCCCCCCCUGCUCCUCCGUGUGCGGUGGAAGGACUGUGGGAGCGGAGAGGCCGAGCUCUGCCCGGCGGCGAGCAAACCGUGGCCGCUGCAGGAGCCUCACCGGCACAAGAUGUAAAAAGAUGGUUUCCGGACUGGUCCUCCUUCUCCCUUGCUCCCGUUUCUUCUUUUUCCUGGGCUUCUCCUCCCCUCUCGCGACAUCCAGAGGCUCCUCCUUGACUCCUCACCCGGGAUUCACCCAGCAGCUGCCUCUCCAGACCUGCGCGUCUGCCUCUUCAGCCUGUUGCCCAUCUCCAUCUCGUGUGCUCGCUGUCCCCUGCUCCCCUCCCGGUCCCCGUGGGCAAAAUCUGGGAGCCGUGGCAAGGACAGAGGCAGGGAGAGUCUGCCAUCACCUCCGUGCAAUAGCUGUCGGCCUCUUCCCUCUCCAGAAAGCCGCUGCCUCUCCAUCCCCAGCCACUGCGUGUCCCUGUCCCGGCGGGAGAAGGAACCUUGGCACAUCGCCUCUCUCUGCAUCCCUCGGCGUGCGCUGGGCUUCACGGGAGGUGCCGGGGGCACGCAGGAGGGCCAGGAGGAAAAG